UAUCACUGUGCUCGGUUUUGGAGGCCCGUACAGUAGGUGAUGCACAUGCAGAGGGGAGAGGAGACACUUGCUGAGUCUGAUUAAGUCAUCUGUGCCGCGGGGGACCGCUUGUCUCGUGACAUUUGGCGCCACUAAUUGCCUUUCUGAUUAAUUACACUGCCUGUGAUGGUGCAAACUGAAGUGGGGAGAUUCCCUGCAGUGCUGCAAACUCCUGCUGCCACCAUCUUUUUCUUUUCUUUUCUUUUUCUAUUCUGAGCCACCGUUGGACGUGACACUGGAUAGAGACGCCUGUUGGACACCAUGACAGCCAACCGAGAGAAACGAAGGGCGAUCAGCCGUGAGGCGGCCAAAAGGAGACGACGAGUGGAGUCCGACAUGUUUGAAGAUUUAUCUCGGCUCCUGCCACUCCAGCCCUCCGUCGGAGCCAACCUGGACAAGCCCUCUGUCAUCCGCCUCACCCUCAGCUACAUACGCAUGCACACACUGCUCAAAGUGAACGCUGCGUCAGAGGCAUGGACCAGUCACACUGUGGGAUAUGGCCAAGUGUUGGGAGGUGGAGAGCAAUGGCGAGCAUGUGAUGGAGGACACGAUGACGGGGAGAAAGACGCGGAGACAGCCCAGGCCAUGGAGGAGACAAAUAUGUACCUGAGUAUCCUGGAGGGGUUUCUGAUGGUCCUGUCCGCCGAGGGAGACAUGAUCUACCUGUCGGACAAUAUCAGCAAAUACAUGGGCUUGACACAGACUGAGCUGAUGGGACACAAUAUUUUUGACCUUACUCACCCCUGCGAUCACGGAGAAAUCAGAAAUAAUCUACGGCUGAUGGGAGCUUGUGCCUGUUUUUUAGAGGGAGUUUGGUGCGGUGCUAAGAGGGACUUUGUCAUGAGGAUAAAAAGCACUCUGACACACAGAGAAAGAAGCGCCAACCUCAAAUCAGCUACGUGGAAGAUUCUGCACUGUCAGGGCCGCGUGAAGCUGCGCUCCACCCCAUCUUCAGCUUCCUGCCUGCUGCUGACGUGCCGACCUCUGCCCCUCUCACACACACUCCUCAGCACACACACCUUCACCAGCCAGCACAACAUGGACAUGAGGUUCACAUACUGUGACCAGGGAGUGACUUUGCUGUUGGGCUACAGUCCCGAGGAGCUGCUGGGCCGCUCCAUCUAUGAUCUCUGUCACACACUGGACACAAGCUGUCUGACCAAAAAUCACCUGAACUUGUGUUUGAAAAGUCAGUCAGCCAGCGGUCAGUACAGGAUGCUGGUGAGAGGUGGAGGUUACGUCUGGGUGGAGAGUCACAGCGCCGUCAUCCCCAUUGUCCGACCCUCCAAGUCCAGACUCAGCUCCUACCAGCCACUCUGCAUCCUCUGUGUUACCUAUGUCCUCAGUGGCGUGGAGCAGCCGUCACUGCAGUUCUCUCUGGACCAGACUACCGACAGAUAUUUGAGCUGAAACUGGAGUGAGAAGAACAGUCAUCCUGUGAAAAAAAGACAACAGAAAUCUGCUCCACCUCCCUCUGUGAAUCAGAUGUUUUCAUUAAACUUGCGUCCUUACUUUCUCAUUCAAAA